AGAGUUUUGCACAUGCUCAGUUGUGUGCUUGGGGAGGGGGGGUGAGCUGAGUGGAGAAAGAAGCUCAGCAGGCGCUGCGAAGCGGAGCUGAAAAUGAGCAGCCUCCUGCGAUUGCAAAGACAGCAAGACCCGCCUUAGCUCCGCCUGGCUUGAGCGAGCUGCUGCUGCUGCGCGUCUCCGGUCGGCAUCCUCCUGGCCGUCUGGCUCCGUCGAUGUCGCGUUGCCCAGCGGAGGAGCUACUGAGCCGGUCGCCGGAGCCGAGCGGUAGACACGGGGGUCCCCGGCCCAAGGAGGGAAGCAUGGCUCAGACUCUCCCGGAGAGACCUCCUCGACUUCCCGCAAAGUCUGCUCCACGGGCAGCCGCGUCUGGGUCGCCUCGACGGAAGGCAAGUUCUUGGUAGGAGUCGGGGGAAUCCGGAAAGGGGGGGGGGGGAGUCCCAAAUCCUUCCUCUGUUCGAUUUUGUCUGCAUCACCACCCGGGGCUUUAUUCACACCGUCCGGCGCUCUUCCCCUGUCCUGAGACUCGACAAGGCUAAUGCGGGACAGCCCGGACUUUGAGAGUGAAUCGUAUGUCAAAUCGGGAUGUUAUUCGCGAAAUCAAGGAGACAAGACCGAUCAGAGCCUCUGUCCAGGUUGGAGGAUCUCGCCUUCGGAUUGGCUGCUGAAGUUUUGUGUGUUUCAUAAAUAUGGAUGGGCUGAAAAAGCCUGAGCAAAUUUGCAAGGGGGAGAGAUGGAGACCCUCUUGGUGCUAGAAAACGGCAGUGCGAACAGCUGGUUCCCUUCCACCCCAUAGGCAUCAGGCCAGUUGUGAUGCGACUUCCAAAAGUUGACUCCUUAAGAUAGUAAUCAUACUUUGGGGACAUGAGUGAAGGACGCGUUCCAUUUUCCCCCCGAACGAGAUCAACGUGCAAAGCGGAAGACUUCAGAAGCAGCUGUUGAUUUUUUAAUUUGGCUGAUGGGGAGAAGAAUGGAGCUAAUUGAAACCCCUGUCAAGAGGUGGUCUCUGCAGGACCGUGAAGAUAAUGAAAGAUGACAUGAAUGCCCCUAGUGUGGUAUGUGAUAAUCAAUCUGAGCAAAUCUUCCAUAAAUGGAGGUGAGCAAGUGCGAGAAUUACGGCAGCUUUGCCAAGACUGGCUGAUAAAUGAGGCUAUCGGUUGAUUUUGUCUUCUCCGUCCAAAAUGAAGAACAAACUUCCUUAUGCAGCAGGAGAAAAUGGGAUGGAGAGACAAUCAGAAUUUCAUAGUUCUAUACAAAGUUUUGUUGUUCUCUAAUUCCUUAUAAUAUUUUUCUAGACAUUUAAAGUGAUUUGUGUCUCCCCCACCUGGAAUAUCUAAAUGUUAAAAAAAAUGAAUGCAUCUUGGUCACACUUCACUGUUUGAGUGACUUCCUUGGGACACCAAAUUACUCAUUAGCCUAGCACAAAUGGAAUGCUGUGCAGCAGUUUUCUUUUUCAGCUUUGUUGUUUAUUUUUUCGUGCAUUUGCCUGGUCUCAACACAUAGCACCUUCAGUUAAACAUUUUUCUGGGCCAUACCCAAAGACCUCAACAGUUGAGACUGGCACGUGCAUCUCAUGGCAUAAACGUUCUUCCUCUUUUUUCUGUCAAAGCUUUCAAGAAUACUUCCCCCACACACUGGUAGUUCAAUGCACGUUUGAAGUUUGAGCUGUGUGUUUUUCAAAGAGGUGUACGCCUGAAGGGAGGAAACUGCCUAAUGGAUCAUGGCUAUAAUGUUUACAGGACCUUCCUUAUUUCUAGCAGUGGUGAUGUUGGCCCUCUCUACUGUUGAAGAGUCUGCAAGCAAUUACUCAGACUGGGUGACUUUUGCGGAGAACAUGGAUCAGUAUGAAGAGCAAAAAUUGGAGGCUUUCAGGACUAGCGAGAAAAUGAAAAAAGCGGUUAGCCACCCAAGCUUGUAUUUUAAUGCUGAUGAGAUCCCAGCACUGAGGCAGAAAUCACGCACGAGCCACCUUCACCUUUUUAGGACAAUCCGAAGUGCGGUGUCAGUGAUGCUGUCCAGUCCAUCCUACUACCUCCCGCCACCCAAGCAUGCUGAUUUUGCUGCCAAGUGGAAUGAGAUCUACGGAAACAAUCUGCCUCCCCUAGCAUUGUAUUGUGUCCUGUGCCCAGAAGACAAAGCUGCCUUUGAUUUUGUUGUCGAAUAUAUGGACCGAAUGGCUGGAUACAAAGACUGGCUGGUGGAGAAUGCCCCAGGGGAUGAAGUUCCACUUGGGCACUCUUUGACUGGCUUUGCCACAGCUUUUGAUUUCUUACAUGCCUCACUGGAUGAGGUCAGAAGACAAAAAUAUUUUGCCAAGAUAUGGGCCGUGAGCGAGGAAUUGUAUGAAUAUUCCAAAGUACGUGCUUGGGGCAAGCAACUUCUCCAUAAUCACCAAGCCACUAAUAUGCUAGCAUUGCUCAUUGGGGCCCUGGUAACAGAAGGGGGCAUUGAGUCCCAAGCCAAUAUUUGGAAGCAUGCUGUGGUGGAUGUGAUGGAGAAAACCUUGUUUCUACUUAAUCAUAUUGUCGACGGCUCUUUGGAUGAAGGUGUGGCUUAUGGUAGUUAUACAGCUAAAUCAAUAACCCAAUAUAUUUUUCUGGCCCAGCGCCAUUUUGGAAUGAAUAAUCUUGAAAACAACUGGCUCAAAAUGCACUUUUGGUUUUAUUAUGCUACACUUUUACCUGGCUUUCAGAGGACUGUAGGUAUAGCUGAUUCUAAUUAUAAUUGGUUUUAUGGCCCUGAAAGCCAGCUGGUUUUUCUUGAUAAGUUUGUGUUGAAGAAUGGAAUGGGCAAUUGGCUUGCACAGCAAAUUAGAAAGCACCGACCCAAGGAUGGGCCAAUGGUGCCAUCCACUGCCCAGAGGUGGAGUACCCUUCAUACAGAAUACCUGUGGUAUGAUCCAGGACUCACUCCCCACCCUCCACCUGACUAUGGCAAUGCUAAAAUGCAUGUAUUCCCUAACUGGGGGGUUGUUACAUAUGGAGCAGGGUUGCCAAAUACUCAGACAAACACUUUUGUUUCUUUUAAAUCAGGAAAGCUGGGUGGCCGUGCUGUCUAUGACAUAGUCCAUUUUCAACCAUAUUCCUGGGUUGAUGGGUGGAGAAGCUUCAACCCAGGGCAUGAACAUCCAGACCAAAAUUCUUUUACUUUUGCACCCAAUGGGCAGGUUUUUGUAUCUGAAGCCCUCUAUGGUCCCAAGCUUAGCCACCUGAAUAAUGUCCUGGUGUUUGCUCCAUCUCCUACUAGUCAGUGCAACCAACCAUGGGAGGGUCAGCUUGGAGAAUGCACUCAGUGGCUUAAGUGGACUGGAGAUGAAACUGGAGAUUCAGGUGGUGAAAUCAUUACAGCUUCUCAGCACGAUGAAAUGAUGUUUGUGAGUGGGGAGGCUGCAUCUGCAUACUCCUCUGCAAUGAAACUGAAAAGUGUGUACCGAUGUCUGCUUCUACUAAAUCCUCAGAUGUUACUUGUAGUGGACCACAUUGAAAAGGAAGAGAACUCUCCCAUCAACUCCAUCAGUGCCUUUUUUCACAACCUUGACAUUGAUUUUAAAUAUGUACCGUAUAAAUUUAUGAACAAAUAUAAUGGAGCCAUGAUGGAUGUGUGGGAUGCUCACUAUAAAAUGUUUUGGCUUGACCAUCAUGGAAAUAGCCCUGUUGCUAGGAUACAAGAGGCAGAGCAGGCAGCUGAGUUCAAAAAGAGGUGGACGCAGUUUGUAAAUGUCACUUUUGCGACAAAAAGCACCAUUGCAAGAAUUGCUUACCUGUUCUAUGGGCCUUAUGUCAAUAUUUCUAGCUGUAAGUUUAUAGAGGAUGCCCAAUCAGGGUUUCAGAUGGCUCUAAAUGUCAACAAUACAGAAAUGAUUUUCUCUGUUGUAACAGACUAUCUAAAUCUGAGAACAAGAUUCAGUUAUUUAGGAUUUGGUGGCUAUGCCAAGGUAAUCACUCAAGGAAAAGUUACUAGAUUUGGCCUAGGCACUGAGGUAGUAGAAAAGCAGGCCCCAGCUAUUAGAACUGUUUUCCCAUUUGGAUUUAAAGUGAACAUAGUAGUGGGGCUGGUUUUGGGGAUUAGCUUGGCCAUAUUGGCUUUUCAGUGGCGGUUCUACAUUUCCUUCAGCAAAUUUUUGCGUUGGAUUCUGAUCCUGGUAAUCACACUGUGGUUUGUUGAACUGGUAGAUGUGUGGACUUCUUGUACACAACCAAUCUGUGCAAAAUGGAGCAGCGAUUUGCCAAGCACCAAACCUAGCACAGGAAAGGAACAACGACACCCUCUCAGCUUGCCUGAUGUUAUCAUCACAUCUCUUCCUAGUUCAGGUGCAGAAAUUCUGAAGCAAUUGUUUUUCAACAGCAGCGACUUUGUUUACAUCAGGAUUCCUACAGGAUACCUUGAUAUCCCUGAGACUGAAUAUGAAAUUGACUCCUUCGUAGAUUCCUGUGAAUGGAAGGCUUCUGAUGUUCAGAGUGGUCGUUUUCAUCUUCUCCAGGGUUGGUUGCAGUCUCUUGUCAAAGACACAAAACUUCAUUUGCAAAAUAUUAAUUUACACGAAACCAGCAGAAAUAAUAAGUUAAUUCAGCAUUCUACUGCCAGUAAAGACAAGAAAAGGAGACCCAGGAAGAGAGAUUCUAUAGUGGAGCAAAGAAACCGGUUGAGAGGCAGCUCAGACAAAGAUGCUGAAUACAUUAAGGAACUGAGGAGACACCUUGCUUUCUAUCCCAAUGCACGGCCUGUGCUUAGUUUAAGCAGUGGGAGCUGGACAUUAAAGCUUCCCUUUUUUCAAGAAAUCAUUGGUCCUUCACUGAGAGCACUCUAUGUAAUACGGGACCCUCGGGCAUGGAUUUACUCAAUGUUGUAUAAAAGCCAGCCUAGCCUUUACUCCUUGAGGAAGGUCCCUCAGCAUUUAGCUAGGCUGUUUAAAGCAGAAGGCAGGAAAGACAAGUGCAGUCUAAAUUCAGGCUAUGCCUUUGAAUAUGAGUCACUGAGGGAAGAACUCUCUGAUUCAAAUUCAAAUGCAGUUUCUGUGAUGUCUCAUUUGUGGUUGGCCAACACAGCAGCAGCCCUGAGAAUCAAUGGGGAUUUGUUGACAGCAAAUUAUCUCCUCCUCAAGUUUGAAGACAUUGUGGGCUUCCCCCAGAAGACAGCCGAAACCAUCUAUACCUUUCUGGGCAUCCCUCUGUCUCCUGCCAGCUUGAACCAAAUAUUAUUUGCCACUUCGACCAAUCUCUUCUACCUUCCUUAUGAAGGAGAAGUGUCCCCAGCAAGUAUCCAUGCUUGGCAACACAAUAUGCCUCGCGAGGAAAUUAGUCAGGUUGAGGACAUUUGCUCAACCCUAAUGGACCACUUAGGAUAUCCAAAGUUUACUGAUUUAAAUGCUGCAGGUCAGCCGUAGUUUGCACUAAGGAUCCCCAGGCUCUUCAGUUUGUAGAAAACAAUCAGAAAAGCUGGUUUAUUCUUGUAAAAUGUCUGUACAGUCUGUUACACCUGCAGAGAGAGAUUAUUUUAAAUGAAAAGAGAUAUUUGGUCUAGUCGUCAGUUUUUGCUUUGCUUUCCCUCUUUCC